AGGUUAUGGCCGUUUACAGCUCAGAUUGAAGAACAAUGGCAGAAUAUAAGGUUGGGGAUCUGUCCAAGUUGUUUGGAACUCAACAGAAAUCUGAGGCUAAUAUUUUCUCCAAAGCUCCAACUACAAACAACAAAAAGAAUAAGGAGACUGAAGAUGCUGUAAAAAAGACAAAGAAAUCUCAAGGAGAAAAUGUUAAGAAGGCCAUGAGUUUUGAAAAGGUGAAGGAAAAGAAAACGGGAAAAGUGAAGAAAACGAAAACGGAAAAAGGGAAGAAAAUCGAAAAAGUGAAAACGCCCAAAAUUAAUAAAAAAAUGUUUGGGGCACAAUUACGAUUAAAGAAGAAGCAGAAAGAGGAGGGUGUUUCAGAUUCAACUGAUAUCCCGAAGCAAGUCAAGAAAAGGAAGACUACAGCUGAGAAAGAUGUCACUGAAUCUAAACCUAAGAAAAUAAAGAAACAGUCUAUGGAGGACUCUGUUAACAAACCAAAAAAGGGUAGAAAGAAGAAAAUAAUGGAGAAAGUAGCAAAAUCAGGCUCCGAUUUAGACAAUGAAAACGUUGGUGGUGAAAGAGACAUUGAUAAUGAUGUUGAUGAAUCUGAUGAAGGAUCAAUUGAUGGAGGAAAGGAAAACGAUGGAAACCAGACAGGGUUCUGUCCUGCUGGGAUUGUACACGAGUCCUUGGUUAAACACCGCAAGAAAAGGAAGCAAGAAAGUGUCUCCGGUUCAGAAGACGAGUCCUCAUCUCCGAGUAAGAAAUCAAAGACGGAGGAUGAGGAGAAGGAAAAACCAUCGCGUAAACGACGAGACAGGCUUGCUAAGCCGACAUUGGACAGAACAGUAUUUGUCGGAAAUCUGGCUCUUAAUACUUCUAAAAAGACUUUGGAGAAGGCAUUCAAAGACUGUGGUGAAAUAGAAUCCAUCCGCUACAGAUGUGUGCCUGUGAAUGACCCAUCCGUGCCUAAAAAGGUGAUUGCUAUUAAGAAAGAUUUCCACCCAGAGCGACACAACUGUGUUGGAUUUAUCUGCUUCAAGACCAACGAGGCUGCAGAGAAGGCUCUCGAAUUAAAUGGUCAUGAGCUGAAAGGUCUACAUAUUAGAGUGGACUGGGCUUCUAAAGACAAGGAGAAAGAUGUUAAAAAGUCUGUGUUUGUUGGGAAUCUACCAUUUGAUGUUGAAGAGGAGGCUGUUCGGAACCACUUUGAGGAUUGUGGGAAGAUCACCAAUGUGCGGCUGAUUAGGGACAAGAAGACGUGCAUCGGGAAGGGCUUUGGAUAUGUCACUUUUGAGGACAAAGAUGGAGUAGGGUUUGCAAUGAAGUUGUCAGGCCAGAAGUUGAAGGGGAGAGAACUGCGUGUGAUGGCGUGCUCCAGCAGUGCUGGGCACGAGAAGAAACACAAACAAGUGAAAAUAUCCUUUUGUUUUAGCAAGUUAUAUGUAUUUUGGUAUAAGAAUGUCUCACAAUCUCCUGGCUUAAAAGAAAAGAAGCAGAAGACUAAACAACAGUUGCCUAGCAACUCUUCUAAAACUGCAUUCAAAGGUGAAGAGUCAAAGAAGGAAAAGACAAAAAAGAAAGACAAGAAGUCAUACUCCAAGAAAAUAAAGGUUCCAUUCAAAACGAUCACUAAAGAUGAUGGGUUGAAAGCAGACAUUCAGGCUCUGAUAGAUUCAGAGACAAAGAAAGGGGGAGAAAGCACAAAGGAACCCAAAGUGGAUAAGAUAGACAAGACAAUGAAAAUAAAGGAAAAGAAAAUUAAGACGGUUGAUACAGGAGAAAAAAAUAAGGUGGAAAAUGGAAAAAAGGCAUUCACAAAGGCACAAAGUAGUUCCAAUGGCAAAGCAGAUUUGGAGAAGUUUGGAAAGAAAGUGAAUGCAAUUAAACCAGGUACGAGUGAUGGAAAAGCAGAUAAAUUCGAAAAGAAGCAGACAUUUGACAAAAAAGGUUUUGGUAAACAAGAGAACAGGAAGUUUGGGAACAAAAUGAAUAAGAGUUUUGGAGGUUUUGAUAAAAGGGGAGGUAAACCAUUUGAAAACAAGGGAAGUAAACCACCAUUUGAAAGCAGGGGUGGUAAACCAUUUGAGAACAGGAGUGGCAAACAAUUUCCAAACAGGGAACAAAAAUCUUUUGAUAGACCAGGAAACUCAUCUUUUUCUCGGAGCGGAAAUAAAUCGUUUGACAGUAAUCCUGGAAGGAAGCCCUUCAAUUCAACGCCAAGGCCCGGGUUUUCAAGCAAACCCCUGAGUGGACUUGUCCAGGGAAGUGGGAAACACAUUAAGUUCGACUAA